GUUUUUCUACCCGGCAGUGAGCACUCGUGUAUCAAGGGAGACACAUCUCCAUAAUUUCUGUCGAUCAAUUUCUUAACGCCGGAGCGUGUGUUUGUUUUCUUUUUGUUGUUUGUUAACAUUUCGGAGUAUCGCGACAAAACUAUUGUGUUCUUCCUUGAAAAUCACCCUCUUGCAACUCUACGCAACUCCACCCCCCGCGCAAGAAUUACGGUGGUGUUCAUCCCUCACCACCACUGCGAAUGGAUUUUCGCCAAGGUCCUGGGUCAUGAGUGGAUUAACAGUGCCGAGCAGAAGAAAGUGAUUUUGCAUUCAAUAGUGUGCGUCAGUGAUGUCCAGUGGCAAUGGUGAUAGUGACUAGAUAUGAGGGACAAGUCGUAGAAGUGUUGUGGGAAGAUCUGUGGAGCGAAGGCGACUUUGACUAGGGAACAGCUUAGUCAAGACGUUAUGCCGGGCAGCAGAUCGAGUGCGGAUCCGGAGCAGAAGAGUAGUCAGAGUCCUCGGGAGUCUGGAGAAGACUCUGAGGAUGAAAGCGAAAUUCUGGAGGAGAGCCCUUGCGGGCGAUGGCUCAAGCGACGAGAAGAGGUGGAGCAGCGUGAUGUGCCAGGCAUCGACUGCGCCUAUCUCGCCAUGGACACCGAGGAGGGCGUGGAGGUCGUAUGGAAUGAGGUGCAGUUUUCCGAGCGUAAGAAUUUCAAAGCUCAAGAGGAGAAAAUCCAGCAGGUGUUCGAGAACCUAACGCAGCUCGAGCACCCUAACAUAGUCAAGUUUCACCGCUACUGGACUGAUACGCACAAUGACAAGCCAAGAGUCAUAUUCAUCACUGAGUACAUGUCAUCAGGGUCCUUAAAACAGUUCCUAAAACGUACCAAGCGCAAUGUGAAGAAGUUACCACUGCAAGCCUGGAAGAGAUGGUGUACUCAGAUCCUCUCUGCGCUCAGUUACUUGCAUUCCUGUUCUCCACCUAUCAUCCAUGGGAAUCUCACCUGUGAUACCAUAUUUAUUCAGCACAACGGCCUUGUCAAAAUAGGAUCAGUGGCACCAGAUGCCAUCCAUCACCACGUCAAAACCUGCAGAGAUAACAUGAAGAAUAUGCAUUUUAUUGCCCCUGAGUAUGGAGCUUCAGUAACUCCAGCUAUCGACGUUUACUCUUUUGGAAUGUGUGCUUUGGAAAUGGCAGCACUAGAAAUUCAAGGAAAUGGUGACUCUGGAACCCUGGUGACAGAUGAACACAUACACAGAACUAUUGAGAGUCUUGAUGAUGGGCAGCAAAAGGACUUCAUUUUUAAGUGUCUUCACAAGGAUCCCUCAAAACGUCCCAGUGCACGAGAACUUCUGUUCCAUCCUCUUCUCUUUGAAGUCCAUUCCUUAAAAUUAUUGGCAGCACAUGCUCUUGUUAAUAGCACAGCAAAUAUUUCCGAUACAAUAUCAGAUGAGGUUGUUCAACGGCUUUAUGGACCAGAUGUUGUUGUAGCUGAAAUAAAACAGACUGAAGGACCCGGAGUCCAAAUGAGAAUGUGUGAUGUUCCAGUCACUGAAAAACUAGAGAAAUUUGUUGAAGAUGUCAAGUAUGGAAUAUACCCCUUAACUGCCUUCAAAGCAAGGCAACCUCCACCCCCAAGACCUAGAGCAGUAUCACCAGAAGUAACAGAAUCAGUCAAAUCUGUCACACCCGAACCUCUAGAUAUCGAAGCUAGAAGAGUGGUUAAUAUGAUGUGCAAUGUGAAACCAAAAGACGAAAGCUGUGAACUUCUAAUGACUAUCCUCCUAAGAAUGGAUGACAAGAUGAACCGGCAGCUUACAUGUCUUGUAUCAGAUAUUGAUACCUCUCUCCUGCUGGCUCAGGAGUUGGUACAUUUUGGCUUCAUUAAUGAGGCUGACAAAGAGAAGAUUGCUGCCUUAAUUGAAGAGACUCUCAUCAGUUGCUUUAAUCAGCAGAAACAGAUGAGACAACAACUACAACAGCAGUCGUCAAUGUUAAUAGGACCUGCCUCAUCAGGCAGUCUCACAAACCAUGUUUCUAUUCAUACUGGAAGUUAGUAAUGGCUGACUCGCCGGCGAGCUCUAGCCAAUGUCGCUGCCGGCGGCGGACAUUAUAUUGUUCUGUUUUUAUCCCUCUUUGGUAUCUGAAAACAUUCAAUGAGUUUUGCAAAAGUGGUUUCCUUCACAAUUUUAUAGACUAACAGAUCAUGUGGGGUGUUUUGCUGUGCAGUGUUGUGUAUUUUGUCGGAAGUUACUUGUUCCCAAUAGUCAGUCUAAAUUUCAAACAUUCUGAAUUGUAUAUAGUAUUAUUUUUGCUCCUUCAUACCUAGUUUGCACUUCUGGCUUAUUCAGAGCAUUAGCCGGCGUAAUAUCAGGUAUGAUUUCUAAUUGUUCUAGAAACUCCUCACACACUUAUACUUAUAUCCUUCAAUCCAAUUCUGCUAUGCAAGACACCCUACUUUUGAUUCAGCAUUCUUGUGAGGAAUCAUAUAAUUCCUAAUUAGCAGGUUGCAACUUCCUGAAAAGUAAAGCAAACUCAGUCUAAAGUCAUAUUUUUUUACACAUUCGUCUAAUAAUGCUAUCAUCUGUAAUGUCUCAAUUUAUGAAAUUUUUUUAUGCAAUAUCUUUUUCAAAACCUUGGUAGCUGCAAGUGAGUAUAUUUACACACAUGAUAGCUCCAGUCAUCUAUAUAUUUUUGAUUGACUUCAAUUAUUUUUUAUUGCCUUCAUUUAAUCUAAAGUCUGGCCUUUUUCCUGUUAUCUUUCUGAAAAUUAUUUCUAAGAUUAUUUUAUUAUUUUAUCUAUCUAGAGCAAAGCUCACUUGCAGCAGUUUCAGGUCCCUGAUCACAUGCCUACCUCAGCCAUGUAUAACUCACAGGUGAUUGAAAUCUUCCAGUUUUCAGCCUUUUUUAUUUUAUGUACUGUAUUCAUUGCAGAUGAAUGUCCAAAGUUUCUAAGAGCAUUUGAAAUGGUCAUAGUUUUUAAUGAACAAUCAUUUGCUGAGUCAGUUGGUUGGAUCAAGCAUUUUAAUAAAGAAAAUUGUAUUAUUAUAUUCUUGCUUAAAAGCUUCUGAUAAGUUACCAAAUAUCUGUUUGAAAAAUAGUAUUGCGUUAGUCAGCAUAUAAAAGACAAAUUGUGACAUUGUUUUCCAGGACCAUGUUGACAUCUGUAACUGUGUCUGAAAUGCUGUGGAUUUUAUAUCACCUUAAGAACUUGCAUUUUGACUAUUUAAGUUUGAAAUUCAAUUAAGUUAUGUUAUGCUGCUGUGAAAGUUUUGCUGUCAUCUUCUCUCACUCUCCUUUAACUCCUUUGUCCUGUGAUAAAUAAUAGAUUAAUUACUCGGAUUCCACUAGAGCCUUGGAGAUAAGUCUGAAAUAGUGAUUUUUGGAUGUGAGUUGAUGAGAAUUAGUAGGGUGCCUGUCUAUGGGGGCUGCCUCUGUGAUGAACUUCAGCUCUUUUUCCAGUCGAGUUGAAGUAAAUAAUUAUUAAUUAUGUGUUUGCGUUCUUGUCAAUGUCAUUGUCCUGUGAAUUGUACUGCUAUGUCAAAUUAGUUUCCAUCAUUCAAUUAUAUCUUACUGAGGAUGCCUUGAAUCAGUAGCCAAGCUAGCAGAAGGCAAAGUAACGGUGAACUUUAAUAUUAGUGGCAAGAGCCCCUAUAGAGGCACUGAUGUAUCUUGACAGGCAAGUCAUCUGUAAUCUUAAUUCCGACUGAGAAUUUUAAGUCUUUUUUGUUUUGUUUUUGUUUUUAUUUUUGAAAUACUCAAGAAAACUCAAGGGCCUUGAUGGUAUUCUAUAUCUUGAGUAGCUAGUUAUGAUGAGACUGACUUUGGUUGCAUGGCUUGAAAAGGCUCAUCAUGGCAUUUGUCUCAGACAUUGUCAUGGGUCCAAUCUGUGUAUGCCUAAGUAUAGGUGUAUGUGUGUGAGUCAGUAUGUAAGUGUGAGUGUGUGAGAGAAUGAAUGUCUUGAUGGAUAUCUAUAUAAUAUAUAUAUAUCUAUAUGUGCUGUAUAUGUAAACAUCCAUGCUGUUUAAGUCAGUCGAUUUAACAUUCGGUUACAUCCAACAGAACAAUUUCUGCUUGAUGCCUUGUGUGAUCUUAAUUUGUAUUUUAGUGUUCUAAUUGAAUUUUGUCCUUGGUUAGGGCGUUUACUUUUUGUGCUGUUUACAUACUCUAAGCAAUCAAAUUGUUAUCCACAUCUGAGUUCAACUACUAAAUAUGUAUAUGUAAGUUAAUUUAUUUCUAGAAACUAGAAAAUAUGAAGCAGACUUGUAUACAUAAUUCCGAGUCAAGAGGAAUAGGAAAAACUUACUUGACCGUUAUUGCAGAUUAUGUGAUGUUUGAUGUAUGCCCCCCUCUCCCCCUUUUUUCCUUCAUCCCCAUUCCCAUCCCUCAUCCUCUCCUCACCCCCACCCCUCUUCAGUAAUAUUCUUAAAUCUUCUUUUGUAGAGCUUUAUUAUUGUUAAUGUUUCAAGUAAAUUUGUACAAGCUAUUUAUAAAUAUUUAAAUAAAAUUGUUCUGUUGGAUAUCGCCAAAAAUUAUCACCAAAUGGCCACCCUUGACUUGGGUGUGAAAAAAAGGACUUUGAAUCAGCGAUGUUUGGUAUACUAUUGCUUGGUGGUGAAAUCUAUAUAUGUACUUUGUGUGUAAGAUAGAUUUUUUAAAUGAUGAAUUAAUUUUAAUAAAAAAGAGAUAGUUUGUUCUUCCCUAGUCUACAUGCUAGAGCCUCAGUUCUCAAUGCAGACUCAUAUUGAGUUUGUGAGUCAUACAGGCUGCACCUUGCUGAAGCAUAUACGUUGCUGUUGUCUCGUAUUAUGGUUAUAAAAAUUCUGAAAGAAAAACAACGUACAAACUCAGCUGUUUGCGUGACCAACCAGCUGCACAUAUUUUUCAUGUUAUUUUCAUGCUCAUUUCAGAACCACAGAAUGGCUUGUUUUAUCCACCGUCAUUGGUUUAAUUGCAUAUUGAUCCCAAAGUGAUAAACAUUUUCUGAAGUAAUUUUGUAAUCUGACUUUGACUGGAUCAAAUUAGUCAAGAAAUCAUGUGGGUGUCUAUUUUAUUUAUGUAAUAAGAAUUCUGGAACGUGCUGAAUUUCCAUAGUCAGAUGUAAAUUUUGCUUGCAGGUGAGAAAAACUAUGCAAAUUAGGGGAUGAAAAAUAUUUUGGUAGUCUCUGCUAUAACACAAUUGACCAAUUGACCAAAGUGACAGUUACUGAUAUUGCAGAAGAGACAUUAACCAACCAAUGUGGUUGGAUCUUAUUACUAAUUGUCACGGUUUAAAAAUAAAUAUCCAUUACAGUAGUUGUCAAGGUUGAAUUCACCAGGUCUCAAUUUUAAUUUUAUAUCUACACAGUACUACUAAAGUUGUUUCAUUCUUGUAAAUGACUACAUCAUCCCAUCUUUGCAUUGAAUUUUUUCAUCUUCUCUGUUUGUGAUUGAAUCUGCACAAGUGGAUGUGCUUGUAUUGUAUCUAAUUUUCAAAGUAAUAAAGCAUUUGAUUAUAGCCCGCUCAAAAUAAAAAUGUACAAAUUGUUGUUUUUCUUUGAAUACUGAUGUGAAUCCAGCUGUCAAAGUUUAUUAAAAAGAAAUAGUAUA